AUGAUCCUAGUUGAUAAUGAAAAAGAAGUGCUGAUCCACCAAGAAGACGACAUCGUCCACUUCGAGCGUAAUCAAUUCCAAAUCCAAGAAUUCAAAGACAACCUGGAAUACCACCUCGGCGCCAUCGGCACUGGACUCACUCAGUUCGAAAAAUACAACGACCGAAUCCUCAAUCGACCCGCUUUCGAUGAGAAUAUUGACGAAGACGAAAAUGAAGAGAUCGAAGCAAUGACCGAGACGCUCUCGAACAACUUCAUGAGCUCGCAGAAGAUUUUGAAUAGAGUGAAAACAAGGCAGUUCGCGAACAAGAUGGAAGAAAAGAUUGCGAGAAAUUUAGCGUCUAGGUACGCUGAAGAAAUAUCUUCAUAUUCGACGCGUUUUCGAAAGUGCCAAGGAAACUUUUCCAGGAGACUUCAAAAAAGAAACACUCGGACUGCAGAUUUGAUGGAUCUACAGGGCGAUUACGAAAUAGCGACGGACGAAGCUCUCGAUGCGAAUUUCCAACGCCAGGAGCUCGCCCUCGACACGGAAUUUCUCGAUAAAAGAGAAAAGGAGUUGAACAAAAUCUCAAAGUCCAUCAACGACUUGAAUCAGCUAUUCAGGGAUAUUUCUUCUUUCGUCGUCGAGCAAGGAACUAUUCUAGACCAAAUUGAAUAUAACGUCGAUAUGGCGGCAACAAAGACAGAGGAAGGCCUAAAGCAGCUGAAAAAGGCGGACCAGUAUCAACGAAAAGAUCGAAAAAUGAAAGCAAUUUUAUGGCGAAAUCGUUCAGUCAGAAAUCUUUCCUGCUCGCUUUUGAGACUAAACGAAUGGGACGAUGCAGCGCAAAAAGAAUCCAAAAAGUCAAACUGGUUCAAUCGAGCAAAACCAGACCCAACCAGGCCGCGCUACGAAGAUCCCGGACAGAAUUUCUUCAAGCCUUACAAAGAGUUCCGCGAGGAAAAACGACAACAGCUCCUUUCCGGCGAUAAUAAACGAAAAGUCCCGUUGAAAGCUCUUGUCCCAGAAGAGUAUCGUGGCGCUAGAUAUUAUACAGAUGCACAUAUGGAAGUUGUUGAUCCGAAAAAUGUGAAGCCAAAGGUGUUUAUGGGGCCGUAUUCGAUUGUUCUACCACACAGAGACGGUAGAAUGGAGCACCCUGGUGAUAGAGUUCUCUGCAAUCAGGCCAUCAAAGAUUCUUUGGAAUUUCAAGCUCCGUUGAAACUUCCGGAAGGUUUUCAAGACACAUCUCGCUACGCCUUGAAGAAAAACUACAAGAUCAAUCCUUAUCGUCGCGAAAUACACCGGCACCGUGCGAUGAAGCUAGCUUUCUUCACUGGACUAGUGAUUGUUGCGUACCGAUUUAUUUACUGCCCGUACAUGGGCAUUCCUGAUCCAGUUCAAAAUGAUGUGGAUAAAUUUGAAGCCCAGAUGGUGAAUCAACGCAAAAUUCAGUCAAAACCUAUAUCAUCAACCCCACGAGUAUUGAGAAAUCGGUCUCUUUCCAAAGAAUUCGAAGAUUUCGAGUCCAUUCCAGUUGGUUUCAACUCUUUUGAAGAAGUUGAAAUCGAACUGCUUUACGAAAGCCUCAGGAAUGGAGUUUUCGAAGCAGGACGAACUCAUUUUUCUGGCGAUGAUAUUAUCACGAAACUGGGUUCGAAAACGACUGAUCCGGAGGUGAAAGCAAAACGCAUGAUCGAGCUUGGUUUCCUUCUUGGCCCAAACUAUGAGUUCUCGAAAGAUGCGGUCUAUAAAUUCAACGAAGAAGGGACAAUGAGUGGUGAUCCACUUAUGACCCGUCAAUCUAGCCAGGAAAUUCCGAUCCGCUCACCGUCGAGUUCCAUAAGCAGCUCGGCCGUAAUCCCCGAUAUGCGGGAAGAUUACUACGCAGAGUCUCCAGAAAGCACCACAACUGGAGUCCCAAAAGCUUGUUCUGACAACUGUCUGACUUGUAUCAGCGAUAUGUACAUGGACAAUGUCAGCGAGAAGAUGAAAACUGUUUCAGUCUACCGCCAAUCGUCAUCUAGAUCAAGUUCGGCCAGUGAAGACUGGAGUCGAUCAAUUUCUGACUUUCAUCGACGUCAUUUUGAAAGCAUGGUUGCUAAGUUGUUGUCAAUCUUCUCCGAUGGGGAUAUAAAAAAGAAAUGGUCUGGAAACUUGAUUGACGUCGUCCCGCAGAUCGUCCAGAAUAUUUCCUCAGAUUCUAUAACCGCAGCUUUUGACGUCAGAAAGAUGAUCCACAUUAAGAAAAUAAUCUCACCGAAAGAAGAUAAUAUUGGGAAUAUUGAAAAGUUGGAUGGCGUAAUUUUCAGCGGGAAAUUAAUUACAGACACUUCGAAGAAACGAGAAACAACAGUGCGAAAAAAUGUUUCGAUUGUCCUGCUUGAUUGCAAAAUUGACUUCCGAAUGGGUGGCAAAACGAGACUCGAAAGUUUGAGUGAACUGAUCCGUCAGGAAAAAGAAUUCCUCGAUCUCUGCUGCAAACGAAUAUUAGAACGAAAACCCGACGUAAUAAUUUCCUCUCAAUCAAUAUGCAACUACGCUCUUCAAUUCUUCAGCCAUCACAAAUCCAUCCAAGUCGUCGUAAAUGUAAAGAAAACAGCUCUAAAGCGCAUUUCGAUCGCAACAGGAUCAGACAUCAUCUCAAACCUCGAAGAGCUAAAAACCUCUAAAAUCGGCCUCGCUCCUUCAUUUGAAGAAAAACUCGUCUGCGGCGUGGACUCAAUAUUUUUCAUCGAAAACGAAAUACCUAAGAGCUUCGUCUCUUUGCUCGUUUUUUCUGACGAUCUUGCCCAACUUGAUUGCAUAAAAGAUAUCAUCAUGUUUCUGUGUCUUUGUGUUCAUCAAAUGUCAAUGGAAGUUCACUUUCUCAACUCGUUUCCCCUCGACGCCCCGACUAUUUCAAAACGAAACGAGUUUUACUGUAAAUGUUCUGAUAUAACAGGCCGUUUCUCUACUGAAUAUCAACGAGUGCCUUCCAAAGUCUCAAACGAGCAGAACUCAAGCCUCGUUUUUGAGUUGAGCAGUACGCCUGUGCAGCAAGCAAAUAACAGCACGGAAAACUCCGAGUUCAUUCGUUGCGGCUAUCAUACUUAUCUCAUAACACGGCGAAGCGAAGAUCCCCUUCAGGAAGGGUUGAAGCGCUUUAAUUUGAAUCACCGAAGAGACAUGAUGAAACAACAUCGGUUUAAAGUUCCAGAGCCAGAAGAAACAUGCUACCACGAAGCGACAGAUCCUGAUGCCAUUCUCGAUCAUGUAAGCAGGGAUGAUCUGAUGGCGAGCUUUCGUGCAACUGGAAGUUAUCCUUCAACGAUUAGUAGUCAGCAAAAGUCAAACACCGUUUUCCCUGGAAUAAUGGCUCGAUCCACCGUACAUGAUAUCAGACCUUUAGUUGAGCCUUUUCCAAUCCUCUUUUCUACCUUCUAUCUCCGCCAAGGAGCAGUGAUGACAUCUUACUGUACCGCCCCUGUCGAAAUUAGUCUCCACCCGUAUUCUUCGACAGAUUCGUCUGUCGCGGACUUUGUCCAGAAUUUAAUAGGACGGGAGUCAGCUGAUAAGCUUUGCAAAGUCUGCACGAGGCCAGAACGAAAUCAUAUCAAGCGAAUUGUUUUUGGCGAAAAAGGGAUUCAUAUCAUCAUAAAGGAACUCCCCGAUCAGAACCCGACUCAUCAGUUAUUAAUGUGGAGCAACUCUUACGGAACGAACACGGCGAUCUCGCCUAUCAAUGAAAAAAUAGCAAAUAUGUCGAUGGCGUAUUUCAUCAAGAUUCUAACCGCACCUGCUUUCAUGCCUUCUCAAUUGUCGCGAAUUGAAAGUUCAUCCGUCUAUUUCGCGAACAAAAACAUGCUCUGCUCGUUCAAGCUGGUCACCUUUCGUCAAUUCUUUGUCAAGUUGCCUUCGAUUGCCUAUUACGAAGAUCAAGCUACUUAUCCAGUGGAGCCAAUUAAGACCGACCUCGAAUUCGUUAGCAACGAGGGCCAAAAAGUAUUAAAUGAGCUCAACACCCAAUUGAAAGAAGCGGAGCAGGAGCUCGCCGCAAUUACUGUAAACAACUUUGACUGUGACGAUAUCAUUAUUUUCUACAACGAAGAACGGACUAGAUUUGAAAAUGUAGUGGCAGCGACAAAACAGGAUUUGGAAAAUCUUGGGGACUUAAUUCCCUGGGAGACUUGCGCCAAAUUCUUCUCGAAAGUAUCAGAAAUUGGUCAGACGCUGAUUGGAAUCAUUCAAAUGUGGAACAUUCGCAUUCAAGUCAAAUUUGACAGCGUCCGGAAAUCGUCCAACGAGGAAAAUCCAGUGAGCCAAGAUUUUGAAAGUUACGAAGAAAUAAGCUCAGACGCGUUAGAUGCAACGGACAAAGGAGCAACUCGAGACGAUCAUUUCGUCUCAAACCCGAUUACCCCUUUCCUUCAGAAGCUUUUCUACAACAACGUCCAUACAGUCGUCAGUCCCUUCCGAGGAAGCAUUCACUAUCUCCUCCAACACUCGAGCAAAUACAAGGUCACGGUGAGGGAAGAAGAGCCAAGUUCUGCUCUAGCCUUUGCACUUAGCUCCGCUAAUGAACCAUUUGCGCAAGUAGUCGACCGAGAUCUCAUAAUCCACGCCGAGGCAUCGACUGUUUCUCUCAAGGUCAAGGUCUUCAAUCAUUCCGAAUUCGCCCAAUUACGCAAAGCUAUCGGUUUCAAGGAAGAAGACUUCAUUCAUUCUCUAAUUCGCUGCGAAACCUGGAAGUCUUCUGGAGGCAAAUCGGGGGCAACUUGGUUCAGAACUCUUGACACGCGAUUUCUAAUAAAGCAGAUAAAAGAAAAGGAGACUGCAACUGUCGAAAGCUUCGGGCCUAAAUACAUCAAGAACGUCAUCAAAGGGGUUGAAAACCGACAGCCAAGUGCGAUCGUGAAAGUUUACUCGGCUUUUAGGAUUUCGCUGAAAACUCACUCUCGGAGUAUUACGUCCAAAACAGACUUUGUUGUAAUGGAAGACUUGUUCUGGAACAUGCCGAUGAUUUCCAAGACUUUCGAUCUAAAAGGAAGCCAGCGUAAUCGAAUGACGAAAGAGUCCCUCGAGAAUAACGUCCUUCUCGACAGUAAUUAUAUCUCGUCAAUGUGUCACUCGCCGAUUCACUUGAACUCGGCUGCUCAUCUCGUACUGAUGAAGGCGUUGGCCAAUGAUGUUGAUUUCUUGAGCCGCUCGCAGAUCAUCGACUACUCCUUGCUCAUUGGCAUUGAUUACAAAAACAAUCACAUCGUCGUUGGCUUGAUUGACUAUUUACGAACGUACACUUGGGAUAAAUAUGUCGAAUCAAAGCUAAAAUCAUCAGUCUCCACUGCUGCGCCGACUAUCAUCAGUCCAGAGAAUUACAAGACGCGUUUCAUGAGCGCCAUGAAUCGUUACUUCCUGCGCUCACCGGAAAUUCCACAGGACUACUCCUUCGCCUAA